AUGAAGAAAUCAAUAAGUGAACACACAAAACGGAUAAGAAGUGCACCAAAGAAAGAAGAAGUCCCAAAAGCGCCACUAAAAGAAGAAUCUGACAGAAAUCCAGGAAGAGAUAGAUCUUCUUUUAGUUCAAUUCCUAUGCCGAGUCUUCAAGAUGUUUAUACGUCAACCUUACUAAAAGCUGAAGCUGCAAUUGAAGCUAGCAUUAAAAAGGAGGAGGAACCAAAAGAAGAAGUUGUAUUGCGUGAUGAACUCUGCAAUGCGUAUCGAUUUGUUGUAAAUUAUGGAGUUUUUGAGCCGAACUUUGAGUGGCUUCCCCACGAGCUUCUCAUUCACAUCUUUCAAUAUCUAAACACGCGCGACUUGUUAGAAGCUGGUCAAGUCUGUCGACAAUGGAUGGAAGCGACACAAUAUUUCCGAUUGUGCCGCAAAAUUCUUCUUCAUUUUCAAAUUUUCAAAUAUUCUGACACGGCACAUCCAAUAAAUCGUUUCCUCAGCUGCUCACGAUUUUUCCCAAACAUUAAAUUUUCAAUUGUUAAAUUCACGCCGAAAAAUGAUGCCUUUUGGGAGCUUUAUGGUGAAAUGGUUGAACAAUUGACAUUCAAUUCGUGUUUAAUUAAUAAACCCGAGUUUUUAAGAAUUAUUCGACUGUGUCCUGGUUUGACAAUGUUGAGUAUAACGAGAUGUGACGAUUUAUACAAAACAUGGUCUGUAGUAAAGAAAUCAAAUCUCGUCAAAAUGAAACUGCCCCAAAUGUUGUAUUUGAAAAUUUACGAGACAUCAUUAUUAACGAAAGAUAUUUUCAACUUUAUGGUUGCAAGCAUGCCUAAUCUCACAGCAUUGACUAUCGCAAAUUGCUUUGGAAAUUCCAAACCAAAGGAUAGAGCCGAUAUAUUGAACGCAAUAAUCGAUUUUCUCUCUAAACGAUCGGAACAUAUAAAAGUUUUAAAUCUUGUCAAUACGCAAACGGAUGAUUUGUUUCUGGAGAAAUUGGCUGAAAUCAAGGGCCUUAGGUUAAAUGAACUGCGGUUGACAUUUAAUGGCGUCGUUACAACGCUUGGUAAAUGUGGAAUAUUAAUGUUGAUACGUAAUCAAAAAUAUUUGGAGAUAUUAGAUCUCACUGACAGUAAGAGUCUAUCAAAUUUAUGUCUAAUGGAGAUCUGCAAACAUAUAAGUCAAUUAAAGGUACUAAUCCUCAAUAAAUGUUGGCUUAUAAAUGAUGUCGGUCUCCGUGAAGUUCAUCGUUUGUUACAUUUGGAAGUACUUGACAUUACAAGUUGUGACCGAGUCACAGAUUUAGGAUUGCUUGAGGGUCUGAUACCGCAAGGAAAGAAAUUUUUCAGAUUAAAGGAGCUUUAUUUGGGAUUAUUGCCAUACAUGAGUAUAUUAGCUGUAUAUCGUCUAAGUCAGCAAUAUGAUGAGCUUCAAGUAUUAGAUCUAUCAGGCAGUUCAAAUUCAAUUACAGACGAGACGCUUCAAAUGAUAUUUCGUUAUCAGCUCAAAUUGAAACACCUUAAUCUCGAUUGCUGUGCAAAAAUCACAGACAUUGGAAUGACAGGCUUAUCAGAGCACGAUGAGCUCGGCAAUUGUCAAAAUUAUAUCCCGUAUACAAUAAAUAGUCUAAAGGAUUUACAAUAUCUAAAUAUCACCGGAUGUUAUCAAAUAACUGACAAAUCCCUGCUUAAAUCAUUUGAUCUGCCCGAAUUAAAGGAAAUCAACAUGUCCCGUUGUCACAAUUGUACAGAAAUUGGCAUAAAAGCUUUAUGCAAAAAAUGUCCAUUGUUGGAAGUUAUUGAUUUGUCCGAAUGUUUUCACGUCAAGGACAGUACUGUGGAUAUGGUGACUAAACAUCUCACUCGGCUAGAGACAUUAAAGCUCAACGGAUGUGAGCAAAUAACAGAUGCAAUUUUAGAUGAUAUUGGAGACAAUUGCAAAUAUUUAAAGAGUUUAUACAUUCGUCGUUGUCCAAAAAUUCAAAUAAAUCCAUUCGAGAUCCUCAAGCAUGUUCGCUACAUUUACAACCAAUAAAAUCGACUCCAGUCACGAUGUCACAGUCAUUGAUGUCCGAAAAAUAACUGAUGAUUUGUGGUGAAUGAGAAAUAUUUAAUUAGAUAGAUGUAAAUUCUCGAUGCUCAGUCAUGAGAAUUUUUUUGUGAAUCAUAUGAUGUAAUUUAAAUUCAAUUAUUUAUUCAUUUAUUUUAGAGUGGAAUUGAAAUCCAAUUAAAAUGUAAAUAAACUAGACUAUGAAAAAUAAAUUUAAUUAAAAACGGUGAUUGAUUUAAUGAUAUUGUACAUACGUAUUUGUGGAUUAUGUGGUUAAUUAUGGCAUU